AUGGCCAAAGUGGAGCAGCCGAUUUUUAUAUUACCAAAGAAACGAAAUGGGAAGAAACAGAAUGCUACGGCGGGUCACGUUGAUCAUAUUAUAACCGUGCAGGGAGUUGCUGAUAAUGAAAUACCUACAAAGUAUAAAAAUGGACUCUCGCCAGUUACUGAACAGGUGGUCAAUGGAAUCAUUCAUUCAACUAUGGAAGGUCUAAAGUCUAACAUGAAAAUUAAUCUCCCUAUUAUAAAUGAUGUCACUGAUGAAGACACUAAUGACAAUUUUGUUGAUUCACAACAAACAUUUCAGAAAAAUGGCUAUCAGGCUCUAUCUACUAUACACAACAGUCGUGAAAUUAUUGAUUUGUCUCCAAUAUAUGAAAACUCUUCAGACGCCUGUUCCAGCCAUGGAGACUUGAGAGAAGCUAAUGAAACUGAAACACAAAAGGGCUGCAGGAUAUUGAAUUCAGAGAAUAAUGAAAGUUCAUGUGCUACACCUAAUAGUAUGUCACAGACCCAAUCUGAAAAUAGCUUUGAAAUGGGACCUCUUACUGAUAGUCUUAAAAACAGUGCAAAAAGGAAGAAGCGAGUUAAUAUAGUUCCUGGGGUAAUUGAAUCUGAGAACGUAGACUCUGAAAUAACUAAUUUAAGAGUUGAAUCAGAGGGAUCCAUUUCACCUUCUUCAUUAACUGACAAUUCCAAAGAUGGAUAUUUAACUAUGACUGGUACAAUCAAGAGGGGAAAGAAGAAGGGCCAAAAUGUAGAUGUGAAAUUGAACAUAUCAAGAGAGGAACUUGAGGUAAUUGAAGCCGCUAUUGUAGCUGAAGAAUAUAACAAAAUGGAUGUGUCCAAAUGCUCUCUUUAUAAUGGACCACAUAUAUUUAUAUUCAGCCUACUCUGCAUUCCAUUUGUGGCUAGCAUUUCAGCUGUUUAUUCAUUUUAUAUAGGUACCCUAGCCUGGUACAACAUUUUUUCACAUGUUACAGAAAAUUUCAAUUGUAUUAAAAAGGCCCUAUUGGCUCCUGUAGUAAUAUUAUCAUAUCCAUUUUUAAUAGUAAUCUUUACAGUUGGUUUAGGAUUGUACGCCGGAAUUGUGCAGCUUACUUUCAGUGGAGCAAAUUGGUGGAAAGAUGUUCGUGAUUUUGAGAAAGGCUUUUACGGUUGGCUUUGUAACUUGUUAGGUAUGUCAGAGUGCAGCCCUUAUGAAGUUGUUAUUUUGAUGGAUGUAAAACCAUAA